AGGUAAAAUCUUGAUCUGGGUUGUGGAACUACUAUAAAAAGGCUAUUCUACAGAUCUUCCAGAUAUACUGAUGAUUAUAGCACAGAGUGAUUCAGAGAAGAUGAGUUUGGCAUCCACAAAUAUCUACAGUGAUGGCUCCAGAGGAUCGAGAAUUGUUGAGCUUCAAGAUGUUUCAUCUGCAGACUUAUUUCCAUACAAAAUGACUAAUUUGAAAGGUGUUCCGGUGCGGUUUCAAACUGUUAAGUAUCCGCCCUUCACGUAUUAUGAAGAGUGUGACUCAGAAAAGGCAAAUGCCCGAUAUGAUUCUCGAUACAUUUCGGAAGAUAUACCAGUUUUUGUCGAUGGUACAGAAUCCCUUCUGCUGGUUGAGUUUUGUCGACAAGUCAACUGCACAAUUGAGGCUUAUUUUGAUGAAAUUGAACUAUGGGGAGAUGUAUUCCCGAAUCACACUGGCAAGGGUAUGUUGGGAGCUGUGGCGACUCGUAAAGCCGAUUUUGCCGUAGCCGCAAUUUACUUCUGGAUGGAGCCGUAUCAAUUUGCAACUUUUACUGUAUCAAUAAGCAGAUCUGGAGUGAGCGUACUUGUUCCGAGGGCCCAGCUUAUUUCGCCUUGGCGAAAUAUUUUCUUAUCAUUUUCUAUGCAAAUUUGGUUGAUUCUAUUCGUAACUCUGCCAGUUUGUUUUGUACUUAGUUGGUUCAUUGAAAAUUCGCAACGCCAAAUUUUGGGAUUACAAUUCACAGGUGCAUUAUCAAUGCUUGCCAUCAUCGGAACGUUUUUAAAACAGAGAUCUUACUGGAAUAAAAGUUUGAUAACAGGAUUUAUACUCAACGGAGUUCUUAUUUGUGCAGGAUCGAUGAUCAGUAUACUGUAUGGAGCCAAUUUGACAGGUAUAUUAACAAUCCCUCAGUACAGCAAAACGAUCGAUACGGCCGAGGAUUUGGCCAUAAGUGGAAUGCCAUUUGCGGGAACAUCUGCUACGUGGAUUUAUUCGAUUUUGAACGCACCUCAGUCGUACAUGCAAACUCUGGUGAAUAACUACCAGGUGGUGCAGGACGAGGAGCUGGUUGCACAUCGCUAUGCGCACGAUUUGGGUUACGUCGGGGAGCGGACUCAAUUCGGACAUUUUGGGCCGGUGGACUUUCUGGACAAACGGGCAUCCGCCGAUCUUCAGCUGUUAAAAGAUGAUCUGUUCUGGCAAAGCUGCACCGCUCUCGUCACCAAAACAUGGCCCUAUAGGCAACGCUUCAACGAUCUUGUUUUGAUAAUCAAAGAAUCCGGAAUUCAACACUAUUGGGAGACUCUGUCUGUCCAUCGAUACUUGGAUGCAGAGAUACAAAGAAAUAUUCUCUCCGAAAGAAAAACAACGGAUGACAUCAAAGUGGAGCAACUAACCUUGGUUCAUCUGAUGGGAGUAUUUUUGAUACUAAAUUUGGGUUGCACUUUGGCGAUGAUUAGUUUUGCAGUUGAAUGUUACAUUGCGAAACGUUCGAUAAAUCAACUCGUAGAAGUUUCCCAAGUUGCUUACACACCCGAAAUUUUUGAAAUUGCCUCGGAUUCGGUAGCAUUGCUGCUCAAUCAAUUGGCGCUCGGUGUUCUAUCCAAGUACUAUUGCACUUGUAUUGUUCGAACAGCAGACGAUGCGAUAGUGAUAAGCGAAAUUCUUCCUGCCAUGGUUAUUACAGUCGAUGAUAGAUUCGACAAGUCAUUUCAACAAGGCGUUGACAGUGGUUGCCAAACGUUCAUUACAUUCGAGACCAGUGUUUGGAUGUUUUUGAAUAAUUUUAUCAACGUUCAUGAUGCAUCCGAUCAACGAUUUAGCGAUAAAGUGCUUAUUGUUAUGGCUGAAUCUUUCAAUGAUAGUUUUAUUCAUCGAAUGUCGGAACAUCACAGUGUGAAAGAUCUUCGUAAUAUUCUUUUAGUUUCUUCUGAUAGCAAAGAACAGCAGUUGCAAUUUUUAUCACUUGAUAUCUUUGGAAACGGAUUACCAGGGAAAACGAUUGUUCAAUUCAAUGCCAUUUCUAUAGAACAAUUUUUUCCCGAUAAUGGUCGAAAUUUGCGAGGCAUACCAGUGCGGUUACAAAGUGUGGUUUAUCCACCUUUCGCUUAUUACGAAAAAACGACACCUGACAAAGCAAAUGCCAGAUGCGAUCCUCAAUAUUGUAGCGAGGAUGUUCCUCUGUACAUCGAUGGUUCCGAACCAAUGCUGCUGGUUCACUUUUGUCAACGAUAUAACUGCUCUAUUGAAGCUUAUUUCGAUGAGAUUGAGUUGUGGGGAGACGUCUAUCCCAAUCGUUCUGGACCAGGUAUUCUGGGAGCGAUUGCCAACCGUAGAACAGAUUUCGCUGUAGCAGCCCUUUAUUUUUGGCUUCAACCAUACAUGUUUUGCACCUAUACGGAAUCUAUAAGUCGCUCGGGUGUUACUAUUCUGGUGCCUAAACCUCGAUUGGUCGAUCCAUGGCGAACGCCUUUUCUAUCCUUUUCUCCGCAUCUCUGGAUCGCUGUGGCUCUAGCAUUCCUUGCCGGAGUGUUGUCGGUGUGGUUCUUGGAGCGAGUAAGGGUUCAAAUCAGGGGCUAUGGAGAACCAAAAUCAAUCAGUGAUUCAGUAUUAACAAUCAUUGGAUUCUACAUGGAACAGACAGCUAUCAUGAGGAAUGAUCUUGUAUCAUGCGUAUUUCUUUUUUCGUCACUGAUGCUUGCAGGAUUCAUGGUAGGAAACUUAUACGGUGCAGGUCUUGCUAGCAUAAUGACCAUUCCUCAAUACGAGAAGCCUAUUGAUACUGGAAGGGAUUUCGCCGAAAGCAAUAUGUUACUAGCAGGAAGUGCCAUAUCAUGGAUCUACGCAAUAAUGGACGCUCCCCAACCGUUCCUUCAAAAAAUUGUUGAGAACUAUCGCCUAGUGGAUAUAGAUUACAUGAUUGAUCAUCGGUACGCUCUCGAUAUAGGAUACAUCGGUGAGCGGACUCAGUUUGGUAAUUUUGGGCCCAUCGAUUUCCUGGACGAAGGAUCCGCUAGCCUCAUGCGGUUACUGAAGGAUGAUCUGUUCUGGCAGAUGUGUACAGCGAUCGUUUCGAAAACAUGGCCUCUCAAACAUCACUUCAACAAACUUGUUUUAGCGGUCAAAGAAUCGGGAAUACAGAAUUACUGGGAACUUCAGGUUGUGAAAAAUUUUAUGAACUCAAAAAUUCAGCAAGGUAUUCUCGAUAGUCGCAAUACCAAUCAAGGAUCUGAGGCCGAAACACUUAGGGGAAAAGGCAUGUUCCCCUACCUUUAG